UACCAAUACAUGAAGACAUUCUUGACAGUGAAAAAGAUUGUGCUGCCUUAAAAACUCUAUUAAUGGAAGAGAUUUUUUAAACUUAAAGAAUAUAGGACCUCAAAAACAAGGACUGAAGAGGAGCAAUCAUCCACCAAAAUAAGAGACAAGUCAUGACUGUACAAGAUAUGCUCGAUAAUCUGCCUUGCAAUAUGCAUGCAUCACCAAGCACUGGAAGACUAGAGAAUGCAUUUUACACUAUAACUUAUGAGGCUUCAAAGUCGCUUCAUCUUAUUGCAGAGAAAAUGGUAAUGGGAGAACAGUCAUCUAUGUCAAGGAUGAAGUUGAAUUCAAGAUAUGGAAUGAACUUAAUAAAGUUGGGCCAAAAUGCCCAUUGCCCCUCUAUAAGAAGAAGUUCCAAUGCCUUAAAGACACUAAGGCCUUAUUGCUCUCAAGUAGAGAAUGACCAAGAAACAUUCAUACCAUUUAUGGAUAUGAUAAGACUGAAACGAGAGCAAGCCUCUAGAAGUGUUUUAGUUCAAGUUCAAUCUGCCCAGUCACAUAAACAACUUUUUACUUAUUGCAACUCAUUGGGGAAGGUGGAUAAUAUGUUUCAUUAUUCUGAAGGCCCAGAACCUUUGCAUUUCAUCUUAGUAGAAUUUGCUACUGAGGAAGAUGUUCAAAAUGUCCUUGCUUCCAGCACACACUUACAAGAAUCCCAAUUGAUCCCUACGAGUUCACACUUUUUAUGGUUUAGGGCAGCAAGUAAAAAGCUGAAUAAACUGAAAACGACCAAAACUGCGAAUUUAAUGGUCGAAGAUGGAACACGGAUCUUAAGCAAUGAAGAUGUAGAAAAAGAAUUAAGGAAAUGUGGAACAAUUUCAGAACAAAUUACACAACUUUAUAAAUUGACUAGACUAAAUGAUAUCAGCCAAAGAUUACGCUUUUUGACAGCAAAACAAGUGGAAAGCACCUUAUCAGGGAUGUUUCCAAAUGUUUGUGCUUAUCCAUUUGGUUCUUCAGUCAACGGAUAUGGGAAAAUGGGCUGUGAUUUGGAUAUAGUACUCAGAUUAUCAGACCAACAGGAAAAUUUAAAUAGUAGACUAAUUUAUCAUUGUAAAGCCCCAACAGGAUCAGAAAGAUCGACGAGUCAAAGAAAUAUGGAAACCAUAGGAGACCUAAUAAAUUUAUUUCUGCCUGGCUGUUCACAAGUAAGAAGAAUACUUCAAGCCAGAGUACCGAUCAUUAAAUACCAUCAGCAGCUCACUAAUGUGGAGUGCGACUUGUCUAUGGCUAAUAUGAGCGGCGUUUACAUGUCUGAUUUCCUCUAUCUGAUGGGAGAAAUCGAUCCUAGAGUCCGCCCGUUAAUAUUUACCAUAAGGAAAUGGGCUAAAGAUGUGUUAUUAACGAACGUCUCGCCGGGACGAUGGAUUACCAAUUUCUCGCUCACUUUAUUGGCGUUGGCCUUUUUGCAACGACCGCUACGCUCUCCCCCAGUAUUACCGACGCUCAAUCAACUGAUCAAAUUCGCUGGGCCAACAGACAAUUAUGUGACAGAAGACGGAAUACAUGGCACUUUUCUACGGGACAUAACGAAACUGAACUUUAAAACUGAAAACGAGUGCUCGCUCGAGUCUCUGCUGUUAGAGUUCUUCGAAUUUUAUUCUCAGUUUGAUUUCGUCAAUAAGGCGGUGUGUCUUAACGAAGCUGUAGCACUGACAAAACCUGAACACAGUCCCCUGUACAUAAUAAACCCGUUAGAAAGGGGAUUGAACGUUAGCAAAAACGUCAGUAUAGAAGAAUUGGAACGGAUGAAGAUCGAACUGAGAAACGCCGCCUGGAUAUUGGAGUCCAGAGAAAGUUCACUUGAAAAUCCCGGUCUUUUGGCGAUGUUCGAUAGCAGGAAAGACAUGAAACAAAAAAUUAAUUUCACUUUUGCCCAAAAGAAUCAUAGACUGAUGGAAGUGAGUACGUUAUUUCAAGAGGGGGAGAAUGUGUCGUUUAAGAACGCUGAGGUCCAGAGGGAAGUAGAAAAUAUCAAAAAAGAAACGGCACAAAACAUAUUAAGGCACACGAGACAAAAGUCGCGUAGGUAGCAAAUGGUGUAUUUAGGAAAAGCGAGUUAUUAUUGUGAUUGGACAUAAAUGAAUUUUUACUAUUAAAUAUUUAGUUUUGUUUUAACA